AUGUCGCCAUGGAGAGCCGAAAUGGUAGCAAACGAGGUACAGGUUAUAGAGUAUCUUCGCAAGCACACCACUAUUCCCUUACCCUGUAUACACCGCUGGGGUUCAGCUGAGGAGAGUCCACAGCAGUUAGGGCCGUUCAUUAUCAUGGAUUUCAUCGAAGGCACUCGUCUGUCGACCUUCCUCAGAGGACCGCCUGAGGACGACCAAGCGGAGAUGAUCCUAGACCCGAACAUUGAUGAUGAAAAGCUCGACGCAAUCUAUGAUCAAAUUGCCGAUUACUUGCUUCAGAUUUCUCGACUCGGGUUCCCACGGAUCGGAUCGCUCUCCAAGGACGGCACUUCGGAGACUUGGACAGUCACGGGCAGGCCCCUGACGUUUAACAUGGACGAGUUAGCAACUUUGACAGGCUACCCACCGGACCAGUUUCCUACCCAGCGAAACAUUACCCUCGAUAAGGCCGAUGUCCUUAAGCGCUUCAUCGCUCGCCAUCGUUUCAAGCAGCUCAUUCCGAAGUACUGUAUCGAUGACAACGGCCCGUUCAAGGUCUUUUGCGAUGACCUGCAACCAGCCAACAUGUUUAUCGACCCCAAAACAUUCCCGCAUUGCUGCCUUGCUUGA